AUGGUCAAGGAAGUCGUCUCAGCCACCGAGUUCGAUGCCGAGCUCCAGGCGGCCGGCUCCAAGCUUGUCGUCGUCGACUUCCACGCGCUCUGGUGUGGUCCUUGCAAAGUCAUCGCGCCCCAUCCGAACGUCACCUUCCUCAAGGUCGAUGUAGACCGCGUGCAAGCCGUGGCGCAGCGCUACCGUGUCCGCGCCAUGCCCACUUUCCUGUUCCUCAAGAACAAGAACGUCGUCGACACUCUGCAGGGUGCUGACCCCAACCGUCUCACCGCCCUGGUCAAACAGCAUUCUUCCGGCGCAUCCUCGGCCUUCUCGGGCUCAGGUCAAACGCUCUCGGGCACUGGCUCCUCCAACUCCAACUCCAAUUCUUUCGGCGCACGAGCCGUCGCAGGCAUCACCGAUGGCCAUACUUCGCUGCUCAAGGUGGUCGAACCCAAGCAGUCUUCGGCGCUCAACGAAAAGCCUGACCGUCGCCUCCACCACAUUCUCGCCGGACCAAGCGGCGGCAAGUGGCUCGAAAGCGAUGCCGACGACCAACUCCUCAUCUCCCUCACAUUCAAACAGCAAGUCAAGCUUUCUGGCAUCCUCCUCCGCACGCUCCCCUCGCAUUUCGCACACGCUCCCAGGCAAGUCAAGAUCUUUGUCAAUCGACCUGGACUCGGCUUCGACGACGCCACCACCGAAAACGCCGAUCAGGAAUUCGAGCUUCCCGACGAACACGUUCGAGGCGCCGAGAACGGAGGCGGAGGCAAGGCCUAUUCGCUCCGCUUCGUCAAAUUUCAGAAGGUCGACUCGCUCACCAUCGCCGUCCUCUCGAACCAGGAAGAAGCCGAGACCACCCGCAUCGAUGCCAUCGACGUCUUUGGCAUUGCCAGCCACACCACCGACAUGAGCGAGCUCCAAAAGAUCGCCGCAGAGGGCCGUGGUCGCGACAUGUUUGACCACCCGGCCUCCAGGACAGGCCUCAAAGGUGGCAGCCCGUCCAGCGCACCAGCCGCCGCAAGUGGCUUCGCAGCACCAAGAAGCUCCUCCAUUCCCAACAUCUCGACCUACACCGAAAGACCCGCUCGCCACACCCGCUCACACUCGACCUCGAGCUUAAAUCCGCCCAUGCCGCGCUAUCGCCGCUCGGCUUCUUCCUCCUCGGCUCCUCCCAUGCAACACCUCAGCGAGGAAGAAGAGGAAGACGCUCCCGACUUCUCCGCCAAGCAGUACACCAGGCAGAAUGCCACGCACCCAGAAUUUGUACCACACGCUCCGCCUUCCAUGACCGAGGGCGAGGAAGCCGAAUUCGAGGCCGCACAAAGCGCAGCCCGAGACACGUUCGGAGGCUGGCACUAUGCCCCCUUGGCUGUAGCACUCGCGCCUCCGCUAGGCGCUCUGCUCGGCGGUCACUCGGACGCGUGGUCGGAUGCGAUCCUGCUCAUCCUCGCCAGCUUUUGGCUCUACCAGUUCCUUCGGGUGCCGUGGGAGAUCUACUACGCUUCGAGGACCCGUCAGGUUCUCGCACACGACGAGGAGCAAGAAGAGGAAGACGUUGCCUCCGAUGGCACAACCCCUCGCCCGACUCCAACCUCUGCCGAAUCCGAGCAGCAAAACGAGACUCGUCAGCAAGCCGCCGCCGAGCUUCGGCGCUCGGAGCUGCUCAGCCUCCUCUUUUGCGUCCUGAGCCCCAUCAUGGGAGCCUACAUGCUCUACUGGAUGCGCGAGACCAUGACCGACGGAAACAAGUACCUCAACGCCUUCAACAUUCGACUUUUUACGCUAGCUGCGGGCGUCAAGCCAUGGUCGCAUGCCAUGGGACUCUUCCGUCGUCGCAUGCUCCACCUCCAGGAGCAGGUGCAUUACCCCUCGUCCAAAGUCGAGCGCAUGAACCAACGCCUUCGCCGCCUCGAAGCUGACCUUACGAGCUUGCGCAAACUCUACGCCACCAAGAGCGAGGUGCGCAUCCUACGCGACUACGACGCUCAGCUUAGCCGUGCCGUUCGCCGCUCGGAGCGCAAGGAAGAACAUCUGCGACUGUCCGCCGAGGAAAAGUUCAGCAUCGUCGAGAGCAGGCUGGAGGAUCUUCUUCGCGAGACCGCGAUCAAUGCCGAGUUGAUCGAAGAGGAGCGCCGAGAACGCGAGCGAGCAGCAAGUCUGCGCAUCUCGCUGUUCGAAGCUGUCAAGUAUCUGCUGGGUUCGGGGCUUACAGUUCGCCGCGCAGGACCCAAGCACUACCUGCACGACAUGCCGCGCAGUCUUCCUUCCACUGCCGCGCUCGGCAUCGGCACAGGCUCCACAGAAGCCGAAAUGAGUCCGGCCGACCCAUCGGCUGGCGCACAUUCGCAGCCGUACGUGAGCCAGGCUUACGGCUCAGUCGUCUCGUCGCGCGAAGUGGGAGGUUCGGCCCCAGCGUCUGGCUUGGUCUCUCCUCCAGGCGCCGGCACUCCGCCCAACUAUUCGGCGACGCCGCCAUCAGGUGCCGACUCGCGCGCAUCGCGAGCCAGGAAUGAUGCGGGUGCACAGCGAUCGCGCUCGCGAAGCACGCCGCAUCGUGUGUCGGAUCCUUGGUGGGAACGCGGCGUGGCAUUCUACCUCUUUCUGCCCUUAAACUUUUCAAGCGCCGCCAUCCGUCUGGCUGGCGAAAAACUCAAGACGGUGGUGGAAGAUUCGGAGAACGAGAUGGCGCGGAGCCAGAGGAAGACGCUGCAGUACCAGAAGCAUCUGGCCGACCAACAGCUGCAGCAGCAUCAACGCAAAGUCUCGCAUCAGGUCCUCAGUCCGCCGCGCAAUCGCCCAACUCCGCCCACCAUCAAGGUCGUCUCGUCACCACCGGCUGCUGGCGCAACAGCGCACGGUGUCAGCAGCCGUACGAGAUAA